AUGGUGCGAACUGAAAAGUACCGGAAAUCUAUUACUGCGAGUGUUGAGAUAGAGCAUGGCCCUUUUGGAUUGUCGAACAUAAACAUCAAAUUGGGUAAUUCGAGCGUGGUGGGACUUGGCGCCUGUACUUCUCGAGUUAAUGGACUUUCGUGGGGUCUGCUGCACUACAACCAUGAGUCAGACCUGAGUCCAACAAAAUUCAAACUUUACUGUGUUCUGCUUGAAAACUCGAAAUUUAGGAUCGAUUUCGUCGAGCUCGCAUUGCAUUCGAUCGAUGAGCAGGUCGUGCCGUGGGAAGGUGCCGAACCGGAAGAUUCAGAUUACGAGGUCCCCAAAUUGGUGUUUGAAGGUUCUCGUCCAGGAAGCGAAGAUUGCGAAAUCGCACCAUUCGUAGGAGCAUUGAUUUUCGAGUGA